AUGACCUGGAUAAAAAUGACUCUUAUUGCAUGUAUUUGUAAUAAUUUCUUUGUGAAGUUUUCAAAUAAAAUUUCUUCUUUUUGUCAGGAUGAGGAGCUUCAGAGUGCUCUUGUAUUUGGGGAAAUAGGUCGCCGCCUUAAGGACAUUGGACAUGAGGUGGUAAAGAAAGUAAAUGCUGUAUUUGAAUGGCAUAUCACAAAAGGUGGAAAUAUUGCAGCCAAGUGGACCAUUGACAUGAAGAAUGGCUCUGGAGAAGUGUAUCAAGGACCUGCAAAAGGCUCUGCUGAUACAACCAUCAUAAUUUCGGAUGAGGAUUUCAUGGAAGUGGUCCUGGGCAAGCUUGACCCGCAGAAGGCCUUCUUCAGCGGCAGACUGAUGGCCCGAGGGAACAUCAUGCUGAGCCAGAAGCUUCAGAUGAUUCUUAAAGACUAUGCCAAGCUCUGAAGGGCCCACUGUGCUCUUAACAAAAAUAGAACCAUUAAAUAUUCUCCGCCCAAUUAUGCGCCAAUAUUCUGUGAAGUGAUCAACAGUAACAUGCAGCAGAAAUGACUUAACAUUUUCAGAUUUCAGAUAAGUUUCGGAUUUUCAUUUUCUACUAAUUUUUCACAUAUUAUUUUUACAAGGAACUGUAAUCUAGCUAGCAAGUAAUUAUUCUGUUCAUAGAUCUGUAUCUUAAUAAAAAAAAUUUCAGCCAAGUCUGGUUACAUUAGAAUUUGUAAUAAUGUUAGUAUGUUAAAAGGAAAAUUGAAUGAAUAAAAGCCACUUUAACGUUCAUCUCA